UUAAAGCACUGGCUAUUUUGUUUUCUUUUUUCUGUUUUCUUUCUUGCUUUGGAUUUUUCGACAAAGCAUAUUUACAAUCAAGAGUUCUGUUUGUUUAUUGAAAAUGACUAUUGAAUUACCAACAAGAGAAAUCGGAUUACCUAUUCCCAAUAUUUCCCACGCAGUAUCAGUUUCACUUCCAACAUGGGAAGCAACAGUUGGAUAUGAGGAAAAUCAAGAGUGGGUUGUUAAUAAGAUGAACUCUGGGUAUCCCAGGUUUUUCAUUCAUGAGAGGAUCAAGGAGUUGAGUUUAUUGUUGGAGCAAAAAUAUGGCAGACAGGGCGAGAAAAGCUUUAUUUUCCCCUCAUACAAAGUAGCCAAACGAUGUAGAAAUUUUAUUAAAGAGCAGAGCGAAAAUAAAAAUUUAAAGUGUUCGUCGAUAAGAAUUUUGCAAUUAAGCACCAAAGCACCUCAAAACAAAAAUGAAGAAAGUGUUAUUGUUGAAACUAAUAUUGCAGUUUUAUUUUUUCCUGAAGACGAGUACAAAUAUGCUAAACAAUAUUGGCAGCAUUCUGGGGAAGGCAUUUCUUCAAGACAGGGGGAAUAUUGUUUACGAGAGUUAUCAUUGGAGUUUUCCAAAGAAGAAGAAGCGAUUUUUGGACAGGAAGAAGAGAAAGAUAAAGAUAAAGAUAAUGAUAAUGAUAAUCAAGAAGAAAAUAAAUUUAUUGAAGAAAGGUUUGGUAGAAAUUUGGACUUGAGUUUUGCAAAAGAAGCCAAUUCAAUCUUAAGAAAACGAAUUUCUGCGCAAAUUAAUGAGAUUAUAGAAAGUGAGAAGAAGUUUAGUAAGAAUAUUGAAGUCAAAGAUGAAGAAUUUAUUAGUGAAAAUGAGGUUUAUUUAUAUUCAUCAGGAAUGGCCUCAAUUUUCCAUGCACAUCAAGCUAUUUUAAAUUGUUAUCCCCAAGGGAAAUCCAUAUGUUUUGGAUUUCCAUAUGUUGAUACGUUAAGUAUACUAAGGAAAUUUGGGCCAGGAGUGUUAUUUUAUGGGUUUGGAGACGACAAAAGUUUAGAUGAAAUGGAGGAUAAAUUGGACAAGGGAGAGAUAAAGAUUAUGGCUUUAUUUUGUGAGUGCCCAUCGAAUCCAUUAUUGAAGAUGCCAGAUUUAAAACGAAUUAAAAAACUAGCUAAAAAGCAUGAUUUUCUAGUCGUGGCAGACGAAACAGUUGGUAAUUUUUUAAAUAUUCAUAUAUUGUCAUUUGUUGAUAUUUGUGUUUCAUCGUUAACAAAGAUAUUUUCUGGGGAUUCUAAUGUCAUGGCAGGAUCGUUAGUUUUGAAUCCUGCUGGAGAUAAUUAUUUAAGAUUGAAGAAGUAUUUUGAAGAGAAUUAUGAGAAUAAUUUUUGGUGUGAAGAUUGUAUUUAUUUGGAGAGAAAUUCUAGAAAUUUCAAAGAGCGUAAUUUUAAUAUGAAUAAAAACGCUGAGAGUAUAGUCGAGCUUUUAAAAGAAGAUGAAUUAAUCAAGGAGAUAUAUUAUCCCAAUUUGGUUGAGAGCAAGAGGUAUUAUGAAGAAUUCAGGACAUAUAGUGGUGGAUAUGGUGGGUUAGUUAGUAUUAUAUUUAAAAAGAGCGAGGAUGCUAAGAAGUUUUUCAAUGAGGUUGAACUAUUCAAAGGACCAAGUUUGGGGACCAAUUUUUCGUUGGCAUGUCCAUAUAGUAUAUUAGCACAUUAUCAAGAACUAGAUGAGAUUGAAAAAUGGGGAGUUGAUCGAAAUUUGGUGAGAAUAAGUAUUGGGUUAGAAGAUAAAGAAGAGUUGAUUAGCAGGUUUGAGAGAGCAUUGGAGAUAACCAGAAAAGUUUCUGCAACCAAAUAGAUAAAUAAAUAAAUAAAUAAAUAAAUAAAUAAAACAAAAACAAAAAUAAAAAC